AUGACUUUCAUCUAUGCCUGUUUUGCCUAUGUUCUAGGCAAAUUGCCCGCCGAAGAUCUCCAGCUGAGGCCCUGGCCUUCAGGCGACGGAGUUGCUUUCAACGCGUCGGGAGGAGCAUGUGUUGGCAAUGGUGAAGCCCUCGACUUGGCGACCACAGCGGGCACCCUCGACUUGGCGACCACAGCGGGCAGUGGCCGGAUAAACAGUCGAAGCCCCGCCUACAGAAACGCAGGCCACAAUCAGCUGACGCCCGAUCCACGCACUGUACGUCGGAUACAAAUGAUCACACGCGACGUCAUGGAGAUUGUGAAAGGUAUCCGCUACUUGCAGAAGACCAACGAGGCCAAAGAGAAAGUGAAUAAGGUGAUCAAUGAGUGGCGAGCCAUUGGAAUGGUGCUGGAUCGGCUCUUCUUUGUCAUUUAUCUGUUCGCUCUGGUCAUCUCGAUCAUCUUCUACUUCCCGCGGCCAGAAGACAGCAGUGAAAAUGUCAUCGAAGAACCUUAA